GUGUUUGAAAGUGGCGGGCAGUAACAACAUUCAUCUCAUAGAUAUCAGUAAAGCACACGGACAUAGGACGAAAGUUUACAUGAAGUAACACUAAAAACGUAAAAGUUAAUUAAGGCCGUCAGAUAUUAGUAAUCUCCAUUAUCAACCAGAGCCGACGAAUACAGGUUAAGUGAUAUUUAAACGCUGGCACUGGAGGAAACGUGAAAAGGUAUUUAUUGGAAUCUUGCAUCAUGACAAAUGAGGAUGCUAAGGUGAUCCCAGUGCGGGUUGCCUUGCGAUGUCGCCCGUUGGUACCUAAAGAAAUCAACGAGGGAUGUCAAUGCUGUCUCACUUUUGUGCCUGGGGAGCCACAGGUAAUUGUUGGCACAGAGAAGGCAUUCACCUAUGAUUAUGUUUUCGAUCCCACUGCUGAACAAGAAGAAGUCUUCAAUACGGCUGUGUCCCCCUUAUUGUGUGGGCUUUUCAAAGGCUACCAUGCCACAGUUCUUGCAUACGGACAAACAGGAUCAGGAAAGACCUUCUCCAUGGGGGGAACAUACACAUCAGCUCAAGAGAAUGAUCCCUCAGUCGGAGUUAUUCCUCGAGUUAUCGGUAGAAUUUUUGAGGAAAGAGAGAAAAGGACAGACUGCGAAUUCCGUCUGGCAGUAUCUUACCUGGAGAUCUAUAAUGAAGAUAUUUUGGACUUGCUGUGUGCAUCCAAAGAUAAACCGGCCAUUAGCAUUCGGGAAGACCCCAAGGAUGGCAUUAAGAUUGUGGGGUUAAUUGAGAGACAGGUGUUCUCUGCCCAUGAGAUGGUGGGAUGUCUAGAGCUUGGAAACUCUGCUCGCACUGUGGGCUCAACAGCGAUGAAUGCUGCUUCUUCACGCUCACAUGCUAUCUUCACCAUCACACUGGAGCAGCGCAGAGGGACAGACAAAGUUGACUCAGUUGUUUCAAAGUUGCACCUUGUGGAUCUAGCUGGUUCUGAGAGGCAAAAGAAAACCAAAGCAGAGGGAGAUCGUUUGAAGGAAGGCAUCAGCAUCAAUCGCGGCCUUUUGUCUUUGGGUAACGUGAUCAGUGCGUUGGGUGAUGAAAGCAAGAAAAACGCCUUUGUUCCUUACAGAGACUCCAAGCUCACCCGCCUGCUACAAGACUCUUUGGGAGGCAACAGCCACACUUUGAUGAUUGCAUGCAUCAGUCCUGCAGACUCAAAUAUGGAGGAGACCAUCAAUACCCUGCGAUAUGCUGACAGAGCUCGCAAAAUUAAAAACAAACCUGUAGUCAAUGUGGACCCCAGAGCUGCAGAAAUGAGCCGUUUGAAACAACAGGUUCAGGAACUACAGGUGAUGCUACUUCAUGCCCGUGGAGGAGUAGCUCCAGUACUCUCUGGGCCAGAGUCAGCAGAGAAGGUGACGAAGCUGUUGGAAAGGAACCGCGCUCUGCAGGAUGAGAACAAUAAGCUAAGCCGGGAGCUGAGUGAGGCAGCUGGACAGACGGCCCUCAUGUUUGAGAAGAUCAUUAUGACAGAACAAGCAAAUGAGAAACUACAAAGCAAACUGGAACAACUGCGGCACCAUGCAGCAUGUACAGUGGAUCUUGAGAAAUUGUUGGAGACGCUGGAGGACCAGGAAUUGAAGGAGAAUGUUGAGGUGAUGAGGAACCUGCAAGACAUCAUCCUGGAGCUCAAGAAUGAGAGUGCGGGCAUUGCUGCCUCCAUUGAUGCUAUGGCUGCAGGAGAGGAUGUACCUGAGGUAUCCGGGAUUGGCAGUAAAAAUGCAGCAGACGAGUCCCCAUCAGAUGCCACUGCCGUUGUUGGUAAGGACUCCCCAGAGGCCUUUACAACCCAUCAUGCACUGCGGCAGGCCCAGCUCUCCAAGGAACUGAUCGAGCUGAACAAAGUGUUGAGUUUGAAGGAAGCUUUUGUGAAGAAAAUGUGCCAGAAUGACAGCCAGCUGGAGCCGAUGCAAUCAGAACACCAGAAAAAUGUACAGACUCUACAGUCUGCAGUGGAUUCUCUGCAGAAGGAAAAAGAAGAACUCGUUUUUGCACUUCAGUCUGCAAAGAAAGACACCAACCAGGCUAAGCUUAGUGAGCAGCGGAGGAAGAGGCUGCAGGAGCUUGAGGGCCAGCUCGUAGACAUGAAGAAGAAGCUUCUUGAACAGUCCAAACUGCUAAAACUCAAAGAGUCCUCUGUUCAGAAAGUUAGCAAGCUCAUGCAGGAGAUACAGGCCAUGAAGACCCAGCGUACACAGCUGAUGAGGCAGAUGAGGGAGGACUCCGAGAAAUUCAGACACUGGAAGAGCAAGAAGGACAGGGAGGUGCUGCAGCUGAAGGAGAAGGAUCGUAAGCGCCAGUAUGAGCUGCUGAAACUUGAGAGGGAUUUCCAGAAACAGGCCAAUAUUCUGCGUCGUAAAACUGAAGAGGCUGCAGCUGCAAACAAGCGGUUGAAAGAUGCCCUCCAGAAGAGAAGUGAGGUGGCAGAGAAGCGGAAAGAUGCUCAGAGCAGAGGAAUAGAGGGGGCUGCUGCAAGAGUUAAGACGUGGCUUCUCAAUGAAGUGGAGGUGAUGGUUAGUACGGAAGAGGCCCGGCGCCACCUCAGCGAUCUGCUGGAUGACAGAAAAGUCUUGGCUCAGGAGAUCAACCACCUCAAACAGCAGAUAGAGGCUGGGGAGAGACCUGCUCCCAAAAUUAGGCGUCGGACACUGAUUAUCUCUGAACUGGAGAGCCACGGGGCGCUGGAAGCACCUCUGACCAAACAGGUUGAGAACCUGGAGACAGAGAUGGGUCUCAGGAACGCCCAGAUAGCUGACCUCCAGCAGAAACUUCUUGUCGCAGACAGCGAGGGGCGUUUGAAACAACGCAUAGAUGGCAUCACAAGCAUAGUGGAUGCCAAGUGUGCCCUUAAAGUCUUGAUGUCUGAGCUGGUGUCUGCAAAAACAGCCAAUGCCAAGCUGGAAAGUGAAGUCAAACAGGAAAAGGGAAAUUCACAAGAUCUGAGGAAGAUGCUUGCUGAUGACAGAAAUGUGAUGUCAACCAUGGACAUGGAGCACCAGCAGCAGUUAGUGGAACUAGAGCAAAGGCAUCAAGAGAAGGUUCUUUACCUCCUUAACCAGCUACAGAAUAAACCCAUAUGUGGCGAGUCAGACAAAAUACAGCAGAAAGAUGAGGAGAGUUCAAAGGAGAAGGAGCUUCUCCAGCGCCUCAAAGUUCAGGAAGAAGAGCUUGAAAAGCUGCAGGAAUUAAGCGAGCAGAACCAGAAACUGAUGGAGCAGAAUGAGCAAUACAGACAGAAACUCUCAUCACUCCACCUGGCAAGUGGAAAGAAAAUUCUUGUGCCCACGACCAAUAUCGAAAAAAGCCCAGAUCAAUCGUUUGAGUAUGUUCCUCCAAAGCCCAAAGGGAAGCGCUUCACAACAGCUAAAGCACCGCUGAGCAUGGCCAUCAACGUUGAAGAACUGUUGUCUCCCAGUGAAGAUGAGAAUGAGGACGAAGAGGACGAGUGGCGUCCUGAGAAACCUGACAAGGGUCGCAGAACCUCAAAGAAACCAAAGGCAACUGGGUGUGCGUGUAAAGGUCGCUGCAGUAACAAGCACUGCAGAUGUCGCAAAGGAAAGAUGACAUGUGGGGAGAACUGCCAGUGUGAUCAUGAGAAAUGUCGAAAUAUGGACACCCAGGUGCCUGCUGAGGAUGUUAGCCAGACAGAAAGUAUUUCCAGAGACUCUGUGUCUCUUCAAGAACCGACACCCGUCAGCCCUGACAACACCACAUUCUUCAAGCCGCCAUCUUGUACUCCCACCAAGAAGGUGCUAAAAGAAAUCGGGGACAUGGGACAUGCCACUGCGGACCUAAAGUUGGUCAGGAAACCCAUCUUGCCAGAGGAGGAGGAGGAGGAGGAGGAGGAGGAGGAUGAGGAGGACAGAACAACAGUCAGUUUCCUCAAGAAGAAGAAACGAAUCCUAACGAGUUUUCAGAACAGUUUUUUCUCUGGAUGCACUCCAAUCAGAGAGGAAUCUUAAUCAGGGCAGUGUGGUGGGGCUUUUUACAUUAGAUGUCCAUAUGUGUUUGGUUAAAUGUUUUGUCAAAAUGUUUUCAGUUGGUUUUUUUUAUAUGUGACUAAACUGUUGUGUAAUGUAACUUGAAAGUAGUUGGUUUUAAAACGAAUAGGUUUCUGUAGAGGGUAACAAAAGGACUGUGAAUAGCAUUAAAUCGUUUACUGGAAUUCACAAUGAGAUGAUCAAGAAGUCUGUAUGUAACUUUUAGUUUAAUCUAUUACAUAACAUUUCCCCAUAGAGUAAGACUAAAUUUACUUUGCUAAUACGUAAAAAUCAGUAUUCCAACAAUCUACAGUCAUACAAUUGUACACAGGUACUAUUCAACACAUUGUAGCACGUCUUAGGUAGAAACCUGCAGGUUUUUCACUAUGCUUUUAGUGUCAGAGCUGAAUAAAGUCUUACAGUUAAAUCCUA